UGCUAGUGUUGGACAUGCAUCAUCUCAGCCGGCCAUUUUGGAUUUGUUGGGUGUGCAAGGUGUACUGAGCGCUGCUUGUCUGUCAACACCGCAAGUUACCCGCAAAAAUGACUACUCGACCGUGAAUAAGCCAACUUUGGUGACCCCCCUCUAUGUGUGGAGUGUGCUAGAAGGCACUCGCGAGGCCUUUGACAAUGUACAGCCCGCGCCAUUCACCGCUGCCGCACGACCACGGUGGGACCAGUACCGGUGCCGCAGCAGAGCGAGACGGCAGUUCCAGCCGGAGCAGUUCUGCCUCGGGAUCGGCCGCCUCGGGGACCCGUUCACCGUCGCGGUCAUCAUCAGCAGCUCGCCUGCGUUCCUCGAGACCGGACGUCAGCACAACCUCCCUGCCGAUGGAGACGAUACAGUCGUUGAAUGCUGCCUAUAAUGCCGGACCUAUUUACAUGGGGGACGGGGUCGGGAGCCCAGUGCAGGGCCGAUCGUCGCCUGUGUCCAGCGGGGCGAGUGGCAAGUCCAACUCACUGUCACCGCGAAACUCUCCAACUCCAAGCCAUGACAGCCGCUCCAGUAGUUUAGGAUCCAGCCAGGGUCUCCACGGUUCCCCACUCACGGGCUCGGAUGGUGCCGAACCCCACCCUCACCCGCCCGACCAGCUGUCCCUCAACAACUCCAACUCGGGCCCCCAACCCCACUCCCACACCCACCCGCACCCCCACCACCCAGAAGACAUGCGGCCGCCCCAGGAGGCAGUCCUGCUGGACGUGCAUGCCCAGCUACGGGAGUACCAGUUGGAGAAUGCCAGCCUCCGGCAGGAGCUGGAGGCCAAGGAGGCCAAGCUGGCCUCCUCCAUGAACAGCAUCAAGACCUUCUGGAGCCCCGAGCUGAAGAAGGAGCGGGCGUUGCGGAAGGAGGAGGCCGCCCGCAUGCAGGCACUGAGGGAGCAGUGUCGGACUGCCAUGGAGGAAAACCAGAACUACUGUCAGGACCUGAAGCAAAUGCAGGAUGAGCUCCAGCACCAGCGGGAGUUCAACGCCCAGAUGCAGGCCUCGCUCUCCAGCCACGCGGCCAGCGCCGGCGCCCACCUGGCCCCCCGCCACGAGGCCGAGGCACUGCGGGCGGAGCGGGAGCGGCUGGCCAAAGAGGUGUUCCUCCUGCGCAAGACACUGGAGGAGAUGGAGAUCCGCAGCGAGACGCAGAAGCAGACGCUGGCCGCCCGGGACGAGAGCAUCAAGAAGCUGCUAGAGAUGCUUCAGAGCAAAGGGUUACCGGCCAAGCACCUGGCCGAGGCCGAGCGGGAAGAGGCAGACCGGCUGCGGUCGAAGGUCGUGGAGGCGGAGUCCCGCAUCCUGCAGCUGGAGACAAUGCUGGACCAGCGGGACCGGGAGAGGAGCAGAUUGGCUGACGAGCUUCGCCAGUCGGCUGCCCAGGCUGGCUGGUUUGAGCAGCAGCUGGUGGACACCGUGCUCCAGUCGGAUGAAUCCAGGCAAAUUAACCUGGUGAAAUCUCUCUGCAAAACUGCCAAAACCAAGGAGGAGAAGAUCGCCACCCUGGAGAGUCGAGUCCGGGAGUACGAGCAUGAGCUGAGGAGGGUGCGGUCCCUGGGCUCGCUGAGCCCCGAGGAGCGGGAAGACCGGCAACGAGAGAUAGAUGACUACAAGAGCCAUUCCAAGCUUCUCAAGAACCAGGUCGAUCAACUCAAACUCGAGCUCAACAAGAAAUCGUCAGAGGUGCAAGCGCUGCAGACCAAGAUCGAGACGCUGACCCACCAGCAUCAGGACUACCAGGCCCAUGUCAGUCUGCUCAAGGAGUCACUGGCAGCCAAAGAGCAGCACUCCAGCAUCCUGCAGGCAGACGUGGAAGCUUUGCGGGCACGCCUCGACGAAAAGGAGAUGACCCUUGUCAGGAAAGAGCAACUCCUGAGCACUCUCAGUACGGACAAGACGAAGCGCUUCUCUGAGGUCAACGAACUCAAAGAGAUGCUGGAUAUUAAGGAGCGCAAGAUUGGCGUACUCCAGAGGAAGAUUGACAACCUCCAGGAGCAGCUUCGGGAGAAGGAGGAGCAGUGUGACCAGAUGCGGGCUAAGCUGAGUGCUGCCCAGGCCGAGCAGACCAGCUCAGACAGCGCUGUGUCCAGCCUGGAGGAUGCACUGAUGGAGAAGGGACGGGCGCUGGAGCGGGCCAGGGAGGAGAAGGAGCGCAGCACCCGGGAGCACGAGGAGGCGAUGCAAGGCCAACAGCGACAGAUCAAAGAGGUCAAGGCAAGGCUGGAGAGCCUGCUGAAGGAGCUCAGCGAGAAAGAGGCGAGUUUAAUGGACUUGAAGGAGCAUGCCUCCACGCUAGCCUCAUCAAGUCUCAAGAAGGACUCCAAGAUCACAACGUUGGAGCUGGCUGUGGCUCAGAAGACAGAGGAAACAGCCAGGCUAGAGUCGGACCUGAGAAAGAAAACUCGCAAAAUAUACAUGCUGCGAGAGGACAAAGAAGAGGAGGAGAAGAGGGCAGCCAAGGCCCUGGAGGAAGCCACGGCGAGGCACAAAGACGAGACGGCCAAGACGCAGAGCGAGGUGGACCGCCUCCUGGAGAUCAUGAAGGAGAUGGAAGGGGAGAAGAACGACAAGGACAAGAGAGUGACGGAGCUUGAAAGUAUAAUCAGGAAGCAUUGUCCGGGUCAGCUGAAGGACGCCACCAAGAGGCUGACUGGGGUCAAGCGAGACCAGCAGCUGCAGAAGAGGAAGAACGCCCAGCUGCUUGAGGAAGCUCGGAGGAGGGAAGGCGAGCUGAGCACAGACACGCAGCAGCUCCAGACCUUUGUCAGGCAGAGAGAUGAGAGGAUAGAGGAGCUGGAGGAAGCUCUGAAGGAGAGCGUCAGUAUCACGGCCGACAGGGAGAUGGUCUUAGCCCAGCAGACGCAGACCAUCAGUAACCUGCAGAGACAGAUCGACAACCUCAAGAGAGAGCUGGAGCAAGUCAAGAAGCAGCUCUCUACGGCCAGCAACAAGCUGUCCACCACCACCACCGUGCUACGGGAGAAGGAAGCCAAGCUGAGUGCCUUGCAGACAGAGCGGCGGAAGACACUAGAAGAAGCCAUGGAAAUGAAACAAGAAGCAAUAACCGCAGCUAUUGGGGAGAAAGAUGCCCACAUAGCCCUCCUGGAGCUCAACCGGAAGAACCCCAAGGCCUGUGAGGAACUUAAGGGGCUGAAGAAGGAGAAGGACGCCCUGGUACAACUCCUCAAGGAUGAGACACAGCGCCGAAUCAAAUUCAUCCACAGUGAUAUAGAGAAGCCUGCUGCAUUGGAACAAUCCCCGGUCACACCCGACCAAGUGUAUCAGUCAAGGUUCACUGGAGCCUACAAGAGUGUGACAUUGUGAAGGCUUCACCUUUGACCCCUUUGACACCUCUUGAGCGGUCAUCUGUGCUGCAGUUUCAUCCCAAGAAACGGUGGAGUGUUUUUAAUAUGCCUUCGUGGAGUUUUUUUUUGAGGUGUGAUGGUAAAAGUAUUGUGCAAGUCCAGCUACUGCAAAUCUCUUGUCGGCGGCAUGACCUGUAACCUUUCAUCUUUGACCUUUGUUGAAAGAGCAGAGCUUACACAGUCUCAGUGAUCCAGGUGCCAUCCAAGUUGUUUUUUCUGAAUAGAAAUGAAACUUUCUGGGGCACCAUCGGUUGAGAACAUUGCUCUAGAAAUCUUCCUGUUUUUGUAUUUAUUUGAAAUUUAUGUGUUGGCAUUUGGAAUCAAUUGCCAAGUAUUUCCAGGGAAAGUUUCAGGAAAAAAAUUGUCAGUCAAUAUUGUUUUUUCCAUUUGUGUCUACAUGAUCCGUAAUAUUAAUACUACAUAUACCUGCAAGUACCAGAAAGCAUUCGGGGUAAUCGGGAUUCAUUUUGUAGAGAAACAGAUUUGUGUUUCUGGAGUGUAUUUUCUUAUGGCGUGAACUGCAUAAGAAUGAAAUAUGUCACCUUCUGUUGAUAUUUUAUUUGUAACAUCAUUUGCAAAUCGCAAAUACACCACUGCAGCGGUGACCUGUAAGUUUCACCUGACAUCCAUCGCUAUCCUUUGUGGACGAUAUCCUGUAGAUAACAUUAUGUCACAGGCAUAGCAUAAUAUCUCCUCAAUGAUAUUUGCUAAGCUUCACCUAUGUUUCAUAGACACCACUUCCACAAUAUCCUACAGAUAGCAUCACAGCAUUGAAAUAACGUGGAAUAUCGCUCCAUUAUUCCCUAGUCAUCGCCUUAAAAGACAUCCCACUGAUACCACGUACAUGUGUCGUACCAAUGACAUCACACCGCAGGUAUACAUGUAUAUUUAAAAUGCGAAAUAUCUUGUCUGUGAUAUGUCUUACUUUAAGUAUCCCCGUCAGUGAUUUUUCGUACUUCAAAAUGUAUAUCGUAGCAUCUUUAAACUAUUCAUUUAUAACAAUUCCGAAGGAUUUAUUAUGCAUAUUUAUAAUAUUACUUACGUUAAUGACGUCAACGAUAUAAUGUACUUAACAUGACAACCCAAAGAUGCAACCUCACUGAAACCCAGUACCGAUAUCUUUGAACUAUUUCGGCGUUAUUGGUAUCAUGUUUUUUUCCUGCUGUGUGAAUGAUGUCACAUAACCGGUAGUCUUUCAAUGCCACCUCUCCUGUAGAACCCACUCUGUUAAACACACCACUUUUCCUCACCUGCCCCAGUGGGUGUUAUCCUAUUAAGAUUAAUUCUGCUUUUAAUUGCUGUGCAUACUUCCAUAAUGUUUGUUUGAGCCGCGUGGAUUAUGAAAUUCUUGACAGUAACGGGAAACGUUUAGAGCACUUCCCUGCGCAAGUCGCGCGCGGUGAAGGAAAUUUACGCCAAGCAAUUUGCACUUCGAAGUGUAUUAACCGAAGCUUGAUGAAAUUGCAAGCAUUGAAUGGCGUCUCGGAAUUCCUUGGAAUCCAGGUGAAAUCGUGCCUAAUUGGCCAUGAACAAGAAUGUUCAUGGGUGGGUAGUGGUCGGGUACCACGCUAAUGUGCUCAUGAUACCGGCUGCAAAUGCUUUGAUACUGGUACUUGUCAAGGUUACUCACACGCACUCUAGGAUUACUCCGUCGGCGGCGUGGCCACAGAUGGUCGAUGUGAAGCCGUCGUCACCGUUUUCAGCAUUAAUUUAACCUUAACAGUCCCAAAUCCUCCAAUUUCAAUACGAUUUUACAUACACCCUUGGGGGGUAGGGUUAAAAGUAUGUGGUUCAGAUCCAGCGGUAUCGACGGGCUAGGCUAGCAUGCUCAUUCUCUGUAGUUCUAGAUUUGCCAAAUUUUACACCAAUAAUUAAUCAGCCCGAUUUACGUAUUCGAUGAAUACAUUCUCCUUUAUACGCCCAUAUAAUUUAAUCAAAAUCUCGGCCUUUAAAAAAAGUGGAUUAUUCACGUUUAAUCCGCCACUCGAAUAGUGCUUUCCCACCAACGUGGUCGUCAUACGUCAGCGCAUUUGCGCAUAAUACGCUGCUCUGAUUGGACAAGCCAAGUUCGCGAUUGACAGUCGGGAAAUCCCGCCUACCGCGCAGAAUAUGGGAAAGCCAUUGCCUUCGAAAUAAAAGAAAAGCAAUACAUGUUUUCUUUUUUAAAGGUAGAUUGGAAAUUUAAGCAACCCGUCGUGGAGAAUUUCGAUCAGCCACGCAGCUGGAGAAAAAAAGAGUGUAAACUCGCUUUUGCCAAGGGAAACUUGGGAAUGAUUUACUAAGCGGAUCAACCUCAUAGCGCCUGGUGAUUUGUUGCCGUUUCCAGUCGGCCACCAUGUUGAUUUAUGUUUCUCAUGAAGUCAGAGCAACAUUUCGAAGGAAUUUUUUUAGAUUUGCUGGUGUCGGGUGGGGGGAAAUUCUUGAAUAGGACGGAGACGAACACCGUAAAUGCUUCGACGGUCAGCAUUACAGGCUUCCAGUCAUUCGGAGAAAUAAAGUGUCAAUUUUGUCAUUUCGUAAUUGGCCCGUUACCCAUUAUCCUUUUAAUGAUACUGCACGUAGUCAAACACGCAAUGACUUUCGUACCUUAAUCCUGUCGCAAACUGUUAUUUCUUUAAGUUAAUUCGAUACCGUUGUAAACAGCGGAAUGUGUUUAGAUCCAAUGCAAUGUAUAAAGCCCCAAGCGGUAAUUGUGGGUUUGGAUUUCCUCUGCGCAUGGACUGAAAGUCAAUGCCGUUCUUUCCAUCUCCCGGGAUUUAGAUUUUUUCCCCUUCUUUUUGGCAAGCGACCCAGGCAAGGUCAAGGAGCAGAGCGGGGCCGGCUGGGGGCUGGACCCCGCCGGGGCGGCGCUCAUAACACGCCGCGAGUCACCGCCAAGGCGCAGUCGGCUUUUGCUACUCUGGGAUUGUCUUACCGUUGUAAGAAUCACCCCGAUCACCGCUUUCAGUCGCAGGACGAAGAAAAAGAAUGCGCCCUAGGAUAUAAUACAGACAUGAAACCUCAUCGCUCGAUCGCUCGAGCUUUUGUCUUUGGGGUUUGCGGCUGAACUUGAAGGAAUUACACCAUUGUCGGCUUGUUGCCUUGAGGGGUAGAGGGGGAUUGGACCUCCUGUAGGUGCGUGCCGAUUGCGUUCGCGUGACGUCGCUCCUCGGAAUCCAACAGCGGGUUCUCGUGUACGCGGUGAGAGUGUAUAGACUUUCUCUGCCGGUCGUGGAGUCAGACGAAUCGAAACGGUGGAAUGUAGCGCGUUUACGGAGUGUACCCGUCUGUACCGAGAACUCUUGAAGGUCAGUACCUAAAUGCCUGUGUCUUCAGUUCUAGGUGUCAUUUAAUAUCAAUGGGCCUAACAAAUUUUGUUUGUCUAACCGAGGUUUUGUUUUGAAUUUUAUGCGUUCGGCCGUGCUGCUCCAGAAUACUCCAGGAACCCUCGCCGCCGGACUCGCUUCGUAUGCACUGGCCGCGCUCACUGAUAAGUUGUUCGUAAAAGUUCAAGCAUUAGGCCUCCGUUGCUCUGAAGGACGUGUCAAAUCAGUUUAUCAAAUGUGGAAAUCUGAAAAUAUACUUGUAUAUACACUGAAAUUUCCUUGGGUGAGAAGUUCCCUAUGGAAGCGAGUGGUGUUCAGUCAUACGGGCUGUAUUCUUUGCAGCAUUUAAUGAAUUGUGGCCUUGCUCCAAGUGAAACAAUCUCUCUCUCUUUCUCUGUUGUCCCGAUGUACAUUUUUACUUUCAUUUCUUCCGCUAACGAACGCUUUUCCAGUCGGGGCUGGAAGCCGACUUUGCUUGUAAAUAAUAGUAGUGUAUAUUGGUAACUAUGUUCUGUUGAUUUUAUGUUGACCAUGUUGGUGUCGCAUCUUUUUUUCUUGCCAUUUUUAUACGACCAUUGUUUGUCAGUUUCUGCCUGUCAUCGCUGUGGCUUACCAGGUGACAUGAUUGUCAUCACGCCCAUCAUUCGCAGUGUUCCCCAUGUCGACUGUUGUAACGCUACUUUUCUUUGCUGACGCGCCUGUAAGGAAUUUUAUGCUGGCCAUACUUUUGUUGCCAAAUUUAUCAACAGUACACUGAACUUAUUAACAAAAUAAGGACUGCUUUUCCUGUGUUGCUGUUGGGAUGAAGAAAAAAAAAACAGUCCAAUGGGAUGAAUUUUCUUUUUCCAUUUGAUAUGAACGUGUUCGACGUUACUACAAUAAAUACUAGCGAUCUAUUUGAUUGGGGCUACUUCUUAAAAGAGUUAUUUAUUACAGAUGCAUUAAUUCUAUUUGUUCGAAAUGUGUAAAUAGAAUCUGGCACUUAUGUGUAGUCUUUUGCCGAACGCUAUCACAGAAAAACGAUCAUUUAUUCAGACAUUUAGCAAUUGAAAAUUUUAUUUGGAGGACAGUCAUUUACCUGAAAGCCACAGCAUUCUAUAAAUUCUAGUAUGCCAAGAAUUAGAUCCGAAAAUCUGGGCCAAGGUGGCGAGUCUGCGCCAUUGUAAACCCAAUCGCGGACGCACAAUAACUUUCUCCAGAGAGCUUUUGCCCAGAUUACUAGUGACUGGUUUGAUUUCCCCCAUUCUAGUCGCGUGCGAGCGCUUGCUCUGCUCAAACAUAAUAAAUUGGCCUGCUGACAAUAAUAAUUGUUCUCCCGCCAAAAAGCCUCCAUAAACCAUACGAAUUGCAUGGCAACAUGCAAACAGUCACCGUCACGUCGACGCUAUCAACCCGGGGUUCAAGUUGAGCCGUGACAGUCAAGAAAUGAGCUGUUCCUUCUUUGUAGAUAUAAAUAUUCAGGAAUUUCCAUCUGUCUCCAGUCAAACCGUUUUUAACCUUCCACGUUACAAAAAUUUUUCAGUACUGUGUACUUUUUGUACCAUUUUACUAAUGUACUAUCGCACAUCGAUUUGUUUGUACUGUGUUCCGUGAACCGUGUAGAAGAGGUCAUUUCGGACGAAUCGAAAUUUUCCAGAGAAAAGGUUUGUCACUCAGUACUCCAAUAUCAGAAUUUGGACGCUUAAUUUUAUUCGCUUUUCUGUACUUAAGAGCAAAUAUUCUGUUAAUUUUACACGUCUGUCCACGUGGUUUUUCAACGAUUUUUAUGUGAUGGUACAUUGAGCCAGGGAAGUUUCAAAGAUGGUUCCAAGAAAUCUCGAAUGAUCUGGAAGGGACACAGUCGAGUCUGGGAGUGCAGAACCCCUCCGCCCUUCAAAACGCGUGAAUGAUUUUGAUUGAUUUGUUUUUUUACUCCGCCAGAAAUGUAACGCAUUUCAGGUUUUUGUUCCAUGCAUACAGGCAGUUGGAACACUCUGUGAUGAAAAAAGGGUAACUGGAGAGAGCGGUUACUUUUCAUUGAUAAUUAAAAAAAAACCUCAGCGGCAUAAUUUAUUGUUGUGGGGAUAUUGGACCCUGGUACCAAAUUUAAGAGUACAUUUCCCUCCACGUAGGUUAUAGGAAGAAUAGUGAAACUUUGAGCACGAUCCCUGGUAAAUGACGGUGGUGUUUAGGUAACUUGUACGCCCGGAUGCGAAUUUAUAGCAUCCCGGAGAUUCAUGCGGUAUUAAAUAAUUUAACACUUUUGUUGUACGUGACUUUUUUUUUUUUACUUCAUAUCCACGUGAUAGUGUUUCGUUCCGCGUGGACUUUGGAAACCGAUCCCAUAGAAUGCAUAGGCCCAGUUCUUUUCACCCCAAUGCGGGCUUGAACCUUGUUUCUCCCGGGCAUGUUUUCUAGGAACCGCCUUGAGUCGUCCAAAAUCCUUCAUUGCAACAAAAUAGCACACUCUUUGUACCUGCACUGGGCAUCGGUACCCAUGUAAAAUAAUACAUGUAGUAACUGAGCUUCGUCUUUCUUCCUCCACCCUUUAGCAUCCUUCAAAAUCCUCCGAUGGCUUUUGAAGGGUCAGGGAGGGUUAGGCGAACUCUUCUUGUAUAUAUAGGCUUACCCCCACCCCACCUGUUGUCGAGCUGCAAGAAAGAUUUUGCACGGCAGCCAUCUUUGCCCGGGCCGGGGAUGUAAUUGGUCAGGAAGUACGAGUAUUAUACCGAAUAACCUGACACCGUGCACCGCCACGUCAAGUAUAAGAUUUGUGGUUUGUCGUUCGCCAACACUCCCUUGCACGUUUAACGCGUACUAAAACAAGAACCGGGAAGGAAUUGGGGGAUUGUAAAUGGAGAAAAUGAAUUGUGUUAUCUGAUUCAACUGAAAUUUGGACAGAUGUAAAGAGAAAAAGAAAUAACAGUGUAAAUAAGAAAAGGUUUGACAACAAUGAAGUUCGAUCUUUAAACGAAAUCAUGCACAGAAUGAACCAUUAUUUCCUUAGUGCUGCUGUUUUUUUGGGGGGUGAGAUAUUUUUGGCAACCGCACUGUUUUGAAAUUGAACUUACCGUCAGAUAUUUCACCUCCGAGUGACACUUACCUCCAACAAGGAAAAUAAAGCCUUUUGGGGUUGAUAAACUGUGUGAAAAGUGAGCAGAAUCCACAUUUUGGCUAAUUUAUCGUCCCAGUUAGCCCAUCCGGGCCAGGGAAGCUUGUAAAUCAAGUUAUUAAGAAACACAUCGGGAUUCGCGCGCUUGAGCCAACAUCACUGAGAGAUAUGAGUAAGUUGCAUUGUGCAUGUCUUCAGUGAUACUGUUAAAAUACUUGGGUAGUAAUUGCAAUGUACUUUGGUUGUACAUGUACAUAUAUUCUCAAGAUACCAGUGUAAUACCAGUUGGGUUUGAGAGAGUGGGAUUAUCUUGCACAGUGCUGUACCAUGUGCAUGUGGGCAACUUCACUCUGUGAUCGUUUGUCAUUAACAAUAACAGUGCUUGCAUAUGUUCCGACUGUAACGGCUCCUUCAGGUUGUUAGGUAUGUCCGGUCACAUCAUGGCUAAUUCUUGAGCCUCGCUUGUGUGAUAACAUUGCUAAUGUACAAUGUACAAGAACUGCAAGUCUGCCAUUAAUGCUUACCAGUUUUAUGGGUGUAGCGUAACAUCGAACACAACUGAGGACCAUUUUCGUAUAUCGUUUACAUCAAGACAGAAAUUUACUCCUAGACCUGACGGAUUUUAUUUGAUAAGACAAAAAUCGAAGUUAUAUUGAAUAAUUGUAUACUCCCUCGCACCGUUUCGUGGCUACACCAUUCUCGCUAAGGUCUCAUACCCCCCAUAAAAGAAUUUAAGGGUAACUGUUGAAGUUUCUUAUGUGCAUUAGUGCGUUUUUUGCACCAGUAUGUUAAAAAAAAACUGUGUUUGUCCAUUUUUAUCACAAUAAUUAAUAUUUUCACCCAAAGUGCAGCUCGUUUAUUUGUCCACUUGCCUAUUUAAAAUUACCUCCUUUUAAGCCUUUUUUGGCUCCCCGUCAGCCCUGUUGUAGACAGCGACCUCUAUCGAAAAUACUUGCCAGUUCGAGUUGUUUGUAUAGCGUACUGUACAUGUUGCGAACGGAUCAGGUAUUUAGUCUUUUGACAUUCUUUUUUUUUUAACAAGCGCCUGCUGAAUUUUUAAAAAUUGUUUUUUCCAAUCCAAAAUAAUUUGUGUGGUAUUUUCCUACUUACAUGUUCCGUAUAACAUAAAAAGCUUCAUUUAAAAGCUUCAUUUUAUAGAUAUUAGCACUUGAGUCGCUUCUAUCGAACAUCUCACGAAACACUUCGGUCAAUUUUUAACUGAAAAGAGUAAUUAGCAGUUAAGGCUAUUCAUCCCCUUUGGAUAAGCAAUAAGCUUUUUUUCUAUGUUGAGUAACCCCGUAGAGUCUGUUUUGGAUGUGGUAAUUUCUUCAAACGAUUGUGAAAUCAUAGAAAGAGACCUCAAAUAUGACAUGAGUACUCGUAUUCGCGCCUGAGUUCGACAACCAGAUUGUAAAACAACGACUGAUGGUAUGGUCCUCUAUAAUUAAAAUGCGUUAUCAUGUAAAAAAAAGAUCCUCAGUGUAAGGCGGGAUUUUGACAGCCUCGGCGAUCUGUGGAAAGGGGGGGAUCCUGCAUAAUGACGGCAAAGACGCAGCGAUUUUGAAUUUUCGUUGAUAAUUUUCCAACAUUUGCACAAAUUGUACAUUUUACAAUAUUGUUAACCUACGAAUUGUUUUAAUGCCUAUAUAGAUAAUUUGUUACUCUCUUUUGAAACCACUUUUUUUUUUGUCAUUGACAUUUUUAUUUUCGUUUUGAUGGCUAUAUACGACUGAAUUAUGUGUAAAAAUUCUUGUAAUACCAAGUAGGCCCAUACUGAUAUAAUGGCAUUUGACAACUUACACAUAGCAUGAUAUUAUGUGAGUAUAAUAACGUGACUGUGAGCAUUGUGGAAGGUGUACUAGUGUGUGCUAACCAGUUUUUAAUUAAAAGCAGUACUCUGUAAUUAUCUAUUCUACCACUAUUUAUUGUGUACAUUUCAACGGUAAUGUAAUUCUGAACUAUAACUGUGUGAGAUUUUUUUAAUGUGAUAUUGGACUGACCGUAGGUUUAUGGUUGGGCCGGCACAUCUCCUGCGUGGGACGGUUUCUUUUACUAGAUAGAUGUGCGGGCCGCAGCGAGAACGUCAUCAUGUGGUCAACCAAUCGUAGCUCUUCACCCUUGAUGACGUAUGAGCUGGGUCUCGAUUCAUUGACAAUUAUGUAAUUACCCGACAGUUUACUUGUCACUUAACAUCCCGAUUACCCUUUUUGAACAUUUCCUGAAAGGUUUUCUCCUAAAGCAUCAUGCUUGUUUAUUUCCGUUUCUCAUGUGCCUAAAUAACUGUGAUAAUCAGCUGAAAUACCUGUGCUGGAUGUAAUAAAUCGGAAAAAAAUCUACCAACAACUUUUUGAAAGGUGAA